GGAGGAACCAGGGCAGGCACAGCUAGAGUGCAUUCCAAGGAUUACAAACUCCAAGUUUGCGAUGCACGAUGCAUUCUCGGAACGGAUGACAACUUGCGACAGCUACCCGCAGCACGACAACCGCGAGCCUAAUAAUCAACGCUACGGUAGCUGCAUUCUUCGCAUUUCAUUCAUAACCAAUCUUCCUCCUCCCAUCUACCCACCGGCGCCUCCUCCUGAUCCCCGCUGUCGCAACUGCCCCUCCCCAACUGUUGUUGUCCGCCAUGGACAACGUCAACUUCGACAUCAACGAUGCGCUCAAGCAUUACAUGAGCGAUCCCGCCAGCAUCCCGACGCCAGAGGCCGAUGGAGCGCUCGUCGACUGCGAGAGCGAUCCAGAGUUGCUGGCCGACAACGCCCUCAUCAACGGCGUCCUCAACCCCAUCGUCGAUGCUGUCGCCGAGAACCCAGAUGCCAUAACGCGCAGCCCCAUCUUUGACUCAUUGCAGUUUCUGCUAAAGUAUACCUCCUUCUUGUCGGCGCAUGCUUUGAGCAAGAUAUUUGACCUGAUCACCUCGGGCUUGGCCACCGAGGCCGACGUCAUCCACAAUGACCUCGAAUCCGACGAGCAGGAGCUCAUGGCCCACCACAAGCAGCUGCUCGAAAUGUACGGCUUUCUGCUGCAGUGGACUAUCGCCGCCGUCGAAACCAAGGCUUCCGAGAAGUCAUCGGCGACCGUUCCUACCCGUGGCCGCGGAAAGCCGAAGAGCAAGAAGGAUGCCGGCAAGGACGGCACAUGGGAUUCGUCGACGCAGCUCGAGACAGCACUCAACACAAUGUGCAAAGUGCUGCGACUAAAACUCGGCAAGAUUUUCUUGACAACGUCAGAGCGCGACACCUUCAUCUCCCUGCUGACACGGCCGAUUUACAUGAUCCUCGAGAGCGAGCAGCGGGUCAAGAGCACCAGCAUCCGGAUGCACGCUUUCAAGGUGCUCUGCAUCGCCGUCAAACAUCAUGGCCACGGAUACGCCGCUCAAAUAUCCAUUGUCCAGAACUUGACGUACUUUGAGCACUUGUCAGAGCCGAUGGCCGAGUUCCUCCAUAUCCUGGCGGAGCAAUACGACUACCCGCAGCUGGCGGACGAAGUUUUGCGCGAGCUCAGCAAUAAGGAGUUCAAUAGCAAUGACACCAAAGGACCCAAGUCGGUCUCGACAUUCAUGGUCAAGCUCUCGGAGCUAGCCCCUAGGCUGGUCAUUAAGCAGGUGACUCUUCUAGCCAAACAAUUGGACAGCGAGUCCUACACCCUUCGUUGUGCGCUCAUAGAAGUCUUCGGCAACAUGCUUGCCCACCUUAGCAAAUCGGAGGAAAGGGGCGAGAACCACAAGACCCAGAUGAACGCGUUCUUUGACGUGUUGGAAGAGCGCUUCCUCGACAUCAACCCCUACUGCCGGUGCAGGACUAUUCAAGUGUAUAUCAAGCUCUGCGAGCUGGAACAGAAGUUUCCCAAGCGGAGGCAGAAAGCCGCCGAAUUAGCGUGUCGCAGUCUCGAAGACAAGAGCAGCCAUGUGAGGAGGAACGCGAUUAAGCUUCUAGGAACUCUGAUUCGGACCCAUCCCUUUACGGCACUCCACGGUGCGCAGUUGGCCAGGAAGGACUGGCAAGAACGGCUGGAAAAGGUCGAAUCCGAGCUCAACGCCCUGAAACCCCCGGUGGAUGCCCCUGGCCUCGACGGCGACAAGGGCAACACGACAGUGGACCAGGGUUUGUUGGACGAUGCCACGCAGGUCGAGUCCCCGAAGAAACCCGCCGCGGAGAUGACCGACGAGGAGAAAAUCGCGGCCGUUCGUAAAGCUCAAGAGGAGGCGGCUACGUCCGAAGCGAUCGAGAAGCUUACUCUCACGAAGCGGUAUUAUACCGAGGCGCUCAAGUUCAUUGAUGUGCUUCAUGAUGCGACCGGUAUGGUGUGCCAACUGCUUGGUUCCAAGAACAAGAGCGAAGUCAUCGAGGCCAUGGACUUUUUCGAGAUCGGGGAUGCGUACAACAUCGAGGAGAAUAAGGUUGGCAUCCGCCGUAUGCUCCGGCUUAUAUGGACCAAGGGCAACAGUGAUGAGGGCAAGGGUGUGCAAACCCACCUAAUCGAGUGCUACAAACGACUUUUCUUCGAGGCCCCAGAGAGCUUCAGCCCCAACGACGCUGCCAACUACAUUGCCCGAAACAUGAUUAGUUUGACCUUUGGCGCGACUCCCGCCGAACUCACCUCUCUCGAACAGCUUCUGAGCACCAUGAUGAAGCAAGCCAUGAUCUCUGACCUUGUCAUAUCGAAGCUCUGGCAGGUGUAUGGUAUCCAAAAGCGGGAGAUAUCCAGGAAGCAAAGAAGAGGGGCAAUUAUUGUUCUUGGGAUGCUCGCAACCGCGAGCCCCGAGAUUGUCGUCGGCGAAAUGGAAACGAUGCUUCGCACUGGGCUUGGAGCUCAUGGCCGCGCCGAUUUGCAGCUUGCCAAGUAUACCUGCGUCGCCCUCCGGCGCAUCAACCCUACGGGACGUCAAGCCAAGGAGUCCACAGUCACAUUCUCCCGGUUGCCGAACGACCACGCAGUGCUGGUGCGACUUGCCGCUAUCACGGAAGUUCCAUCGGAGAGUAAGGACUGGUACGGUGUUGCCGAACAGGCCAUCAAUGCCAUCUACGCCAUUUCCCGGCACCCUGACGUGCUCUGCUCUGAGCUCAUCCGUCGGAAAACGAGAGCAGUGUUUGCUCGUCCAUCCUCACGUCCAUCCUCGCGCCCAACCUCUCGGGACGAGGCCCAAUCGGCACAUAGCCCAGUCUCCGCUGGUGAGGGGGUCGAAGAAGGCCAGACCGUUAUCGCUCCAUCAUCGCAGCCGCCUUCGAGUCCCGCGAAGAGACAGAAUAAGGACAACGCCAUCGGUCUUUCCCAACUUCUCUUCAUCGUCGGCCACGUUGCUAUCAAGCAGAUCGUCCACCUGGAACUCUGCGAGCUAGACUUCAAGCGGCGCAAGCAAGAAAAAGAAAAGACAGCCGGCGCCAACAAGGAGCGCUCAUCCCUUGGCGCAAGCACCUCCAGCCGCAGACCAUUAGGCCAGGUCAAAGAUAAGUCCAAGGUCGCCGACGAAGAAGGCGACGAACUCGACCUCAUCGGCGGCACGACAGAGGACGACUUCACCGAGGCCAUGGCGCACAUCCGAGAGCGCGAGCUGCUCUACGGGCCGAACUCGCUGCUCGCCAUGUUCGGCCCCAUGGUCAGCGAAAUUUGCGCCAACAACACCACGUACCGCGACCGCAACCUUCAGCAGGCGGCCACCCUGUGUCUCGCCAAACUGAUGUGCGUCUCGUCAGAGUACUGCGAGGCGCACCUGCCGCUGCUGAUCACCAUCAUGGAGCGGUCGGCCGACGCAACAGUGCGCAGCAACGCCGUGAUUGCCCUGGGCGACAUGGCCGUGUGCUUCAACCACUUGAUUGACGAGAACACGGACUUCCUCUAUCGUCGCCUGGCGGACCCGGACCCGUCGGUCAAGCGCACCUGCCUCAUGACGCUGACCUUUUUGAUCCUGGCCGGCCAGGUCAAGGUCAAGGGCCAGCUGGGCGAGAUGGCAAAGUGCCUUGAAGAUGAGGACAAACGAAUUGCUGACCUUGCCAGGAUGUUCUUCACCGAGCUAAGCACCAAGGACAAUGCCGUGUAUAACCACUUUGUCGACAUGUUCAGCUUGCUCUCGGCCGACAGGAGUAUGGAGGAGGAGAGCUUUAGACGCAUCGUCAGGUUUUUGCUUGGCUUUGUGGAGAAGGAUAAACAUGCCAAGCAGCUAGCUGAGAAGCUGGCGGCCAGGUUGGCGAGGUGCGAGACGGAGCGCCAGUGGAAUGAUGUUGCGUUUGCGCUGGGACUGUUGCAGCAUAAGAACGAGGAUAUCACGAAGCUGGUUGCGGAGGGGUUCAAGGUUGUUCAGGCCCCUGCUUAAAGCGACGCCAGGGUAAAUAGUCAUGAAUAAUGUGGCGCGUAAGAGCGAGGGCUCGGGCAUAUUGUGCGGAUGGGCUUGGCUGGGCAGGCGUGCUGCAGUGGCAUCUACGAGGCUUGGGCGGGGCGUCUGAUUUUCAUGGUCAUCUUGUCGGUUUACAAUUGUACGGUUUUAGAGAUCAAGAUUCUGUCGCUGUACUCCUUCUCCGAGGCCCGUAAUGUCACGGUGAACCGUUCCUGUCAAGGACAUGAAGGUACAUAGAAAGCAAACAGCUACAGAUUCCCAGCC